AAGCAACAGCCAGCCGCACAGUCCUGGGACCUGACAACCUGCCGGACAGAAGCCAAAAAGUUGAGAUCCAGUAAGAAGCCGGAAACCAGAGCAGCUGGCAACUUCUUCCGGAAGUCCUGACUAUUCCAGGAUGCCGGUCCACGUCGCCCUUCCCGCGCCGUUACCCUACGUCUAGGGGAAACUACAUUUCCCACAAUGCCAUUCAGCCCUCUCGCAGAGCGCCCUUGAGCGUCAGGGUGACGCCAUCAGCGGGCGCGGUGUUCGGAUUCACUGUUGUCGUGGCGCUUGUGUGAAGAAGUUGCUGCUUGGCGGCGGCCCCAGGACGGAAGGCGCGGCCCGGGUGGCCUCUGGCCCUUUCCUAGCCCCUCCACCCCCGCCUGCCUUCUUCCUCCCUCCUCUGGCAGGAUGAGGCGUGCAGGCCUGGGUGACGGAGUUCCUCCUGGCAACUACGGCUAUGCUGGCAGUGGCUACAGCGCCUGUGAGGAGGAGAACGAGAGACUCACUGAAAGUCUGAGGAGCAAAGUCAGUGCUAUCAAAUCCCUGUCCAUUGAAAUAGGCCAUGAAGUUAAACAUCAAAAUAAAUUACUAGCUGAAAUGGAUUCACAGUUUGAUUCUACAACAGGGUUUCUAGGGAAAACUAUGGGAAAACUUAAAAUUUUAUCCAGAGGAAGCCAAACAAAGCUUUUGUGCUAUAUGAUGCUGUUCUCGUUGUUCGUAUUUUUUGUCAUUUAUUGGAUUAUGAAACUGAGGUGAUGCAAGAUCUAGAAAUCAAAAUUACAGAGAGCUGUCAAGAUCAUCCUUUCCCACCUGAAUAAACAUCCAGUGAUGCUUCAAGCAAAUUAAAUGGAAUAAAAGUA